AUGGCGCGGUGCGGCGGCGGCGCAGCGCCGAAGGGCCCCAGCCCGGCGGCGGCGGAGCGGCAGCGGCUGAAGGAGGCGCUGGCCGAGCAGCUCCGGCAGGACCUCGGCAGGCUGCUGGCGGAGGGGACCCGCUCCGACGUGACCAUCCGGGUGGGCGACGCGGCGCUCCGGGCGCACCGGGCGGUGCUGCUGGCGCGGGCGCCACGGCUCUUCGCCGCCCUGGGAGGGGGGCGGCCGCCCCCCGAGGUGCUGCGGCUGGACGGCGUGGGGACCGCGGAGAUCCGGCGCUUCCUGCGGCUUGCAUAUUCAUCUGAUAAAAAUCUUAAAGAAGCUGAGGAGCUGGCUAUGAUGAAAAAAGUAUUGGAACCCAAAUUAAUACAUGAAAACAACAUUGCUACUCUUCAGAACACUCAAACAAAUGUAAAUUGUCUCAGAGAAAGCAAAAAACUACCUGUUGAACAGAAUACUCCAAGUGGAGCUGUGCCCAUGCAGAAAGAAGUUGCUUGUUCAUCUUGUGUUGAGGAAAUUCCAGAAGCAGUCAUUGAUGCAGAAAGCAACAAAGACACUGCAGGUAAUUCCAGACUAGAAACUGCAUCUGUGUUAGGAGAAGACUUAAUGAUGCUCUACAAGAAGUGCUGUUGUCCAGAUAUUAAUAUUUGCAUAGAAGGCAAAGAUUUUCAGGCUCACAGGGCCAUUUUAUGUGCCAGAUCUAGUUACUUUGCUGCUAUGCUGAGUGGAAGUUGGGCUGAGAGCUCCCAAGAGCACAUCACUCUUCAAGGCAUAAGCCAUACAGAAAUGAGUGUCAUCUUGCAUUUUAUAUAUGGAGCUAUUCUGGACUUCCCAGACAAAGUUGAUGUUGGUCGCAUGUUGGGCAUUGCAGAUAUGUAUGGGCUGGAUGGGCUGAAAGAAGUAGCUAUCUACAUUUUGAAAAGAGAUUACUGCAAUUUUUUCCAAAAGCCUGUUCCUGGGAAACAGCAACCUGUACUAGAAUGCAUGGCUAUUGCUCAUUCAUUGGGAGUGGAAAACCUGUAUGCUGCUUGCAUGAAAUGGGUAGGAAAACAUUUUGCAAAAUGUUUGUCAGAGAGAAGCUUUGCCAAUUUGCCUACUGAACUUCAGAACAACUGUCUUGUUAUGUUGAUUAACUCUUUGAACCACAAGAAUGCUGCUUUCCUUUUGAUGGAGAGUGACCGGCUGAUCAACAGCCUCCCUCAGGUGAAGUGGACAGAGGCAGCUGUGGCCUUGGCAUCCAGGCUGCAUGAAGAAUGCGUGACAUUUAUUGUCGCAGACUUCCUACACAUAGUACAAAGCGAAGGCUUCUCUGUUUUGUUGCAGGCACAGGCAAUGAGCAGCAAACCUGACCUUCUAGAACUAAUUUUUAAUGCAAUUGAAAAAAGCAUUAAUAAUGAAAAUAGCUGCUUUCUCCUUGUAGCUGUGGAUACAUUGUUGGACUCUGCAAAUGUGAAGGAGAUGGGUUUUACGUGCAAGAUCCAGGCGCUGCGUGAUAAGCUCUGGGUCUUCCUGGUUCAGUCUUUUUAUGCUGUUCGUCACACAGAAGGCUGGAAGCUGAUGAGGCCAGACCAUCAACAGAAAAUACAAGCAGCUGCAUUUGACAAGGGUGAUGACCGAAGACUUGCCAAAAAACCUGUAUUCACUAGUUCUCAGCUAAAUAAAACUACUACUCAAUCUGUUGGUAUAAGGAAUAGCUCCUGGACAGAAUACGACAAGAAAGAUUGCUGGGGAGAUUCUUCCACCAAUCAGGAUAAAAUGAAAUCUGAUGGAUUAGGAGCAUCUGGACAUACAUCCAGCACCAAUAGAAACACUGUUAAUAAGGCUUCAAAGCAUGAGGAUGUAAAGGGAAAAGAUGGCAAAAAAUUAGUUUCCAAGAUUACUAAGGAUUCAAAACCUGGGGAAAAAGCUGCCUCGCCAAAGGCUAGAGCUGUUAUAAAGACAAAAACAGAAAACAAUGGAAAUGUGAAGGCUGAAAGCAUGCUUAGCAAGCAAGAUGGAGAAAAGACAUCACCUGCAACUGGACAAAAAAAUUCUGGAAGUGGCAAAGGACUAAAGAAUCAUGAAGGAAAAACUGCAGGUGCCAGACCUAAAGUGCUGACAGUAACCUCAAGUGUGCAGAUCAAAACAAAACCAUUGAAAAAAACCCCAGGGAAGGAAUCUCCCUCCUUAGUGACUGUAGCAGCAACUUCCAGCAAGUCAGCAAACUCAAAUGCAGAUAGCAAGACUGUCAAUGAACAGACAGAGGAACCCAAAGAGGAUAAAUUGAUAGAGGAAGGGAAAAAACAGACUGUGAAAACAAAGGCAUCUGUGAAGAUAUCAAAUGGAGUCACCACCAAAAAAAAAAAGACUGAGCUUGAGGCUAAUGUCACAACAAGCAGUCUGACAAAAAAAUCAACAGGAAAAGGAUGCAAUGAGCAAAAUGUACAAACAGUUCUAAAGAAAAAAGGGAAUGUCAGUACCAGUUCUGCAGCACAACAAAAGGCUCAAAACACACCUACCAAUUCUCCCAAGAGCCAAGGACCUCAGGGAGAAUCAACAAAUUCACUGAAAUCAGGAAUGUCUCCAAAACAUAAUGAAGAAAAAAAUGUGUUACAACAUCUGGUUCAGACAACACUACCAGAAAAACAUCCUUCAACCAAGAAGAAGAGUGUUAAGCAGUCACAAACACCUGUAACAAAAGCCACUGCAAAAAUAACACCUAAAACCCUGGCUCCAUCAAAGCAUGCUGAGAUUACAAAUAGUAAAGACCCGAAACAGAAAUCAGCUGUAUUAAAAUCUCAGUCCUCUGCCCAAAAACAUUCAAGGAGUGAAUCUCCUGUUGUCCAGAAGAAUGUGCACAUCUCUGAGCACAGAGAUUCAGGACAGAAACUUGAGAAAAACACAGCUGAUGCUGUGGCAGGUCAGCUUCAUGACAAUAAUGAAUCUUUUAAACCUGUGGUGCAAAGCAGCGGUGAUGAUAAACUACUGGAGUCCUGUCAACCCAAUAAACAAAAAUUGUCAGAUUCUACUGAAAAUGUGCAAUACAAAAUACAAUCUGAGUCUUCUUCUCCUCUGAUUACAGAAGAAACUAUUUCUAAACUUCAUGUUUCAGUGCAAAAUGACAGGGAAACAAGACAAAUCUCUGAAGAUCAGUCUGGAAUUAAAAAGACUGAAGAUACAAAGAUUGAUAAUACAGCUGAAUUUCACUGUCAUGCACAAUCUGCCAGUAAUGGAUAUUCAGACUUUUCCAAGGAAACCAAUCAAAAGGCUAGUGUUCCAGGAGAACUGGUGAAAGAUUCAAAACCAACAAAAGUCUGUAGUGAGCAAAGUGAUAAAUUAAACUCUGAAACAGGUCUUAACUAUGAUGAAAAUGCUUUGUCAAGCUUUUCCAGAAUAAGUAAUAAAGAAGAUGAGACAUCAUCUCCUCAGAUCCAUAUGGAGGGAUUUCUUACAGCUGAUGAACUGUGUGAUACAUCAGCCUUGACUGAAUAUAAAUCAGUUACAGCAGAUUUAGAUGAUGUUUCAGAAUGUUCCACAGAACAAAUAACAGAAAAAUAUUCACCUAGUUACACAGAGCUUAUAGACCCUACAGAAAUGCCAGAAAACCAGGAAAAUGCAGAAACUCCCUUUGUUGACCACUGGAAUACUGGUGCUGUAGAUCCAAAAGAGAGCCCGGAAUCAGAUACUGGCAGUGCAACCACAUCCUCUGAUGAUAUAAAACCAAGAUCAGAAGAUUAUGAUGCUGGAGGCUCUCAGGAUGAUGAGGGAUCCAAUGAAAGAGGGAUUUCUAAAUGUAGCACUAUGUUAUGUCAUGAUUUUCUUGGAAGAAGCAGCAGCGACACAAGUACACCUGAGGAAUUAAAAAUUUAUGACAGCAGCCUAAGAAUAGAAGUGAAAAUGAAAAAAGAGGGUUCUGAUCUCUUCCGUGUUAACUCAACGAGUGAUGAUGAAAUACCAAGAAAAAGACCUGAAAUUUGGUCCCAUCAGGAGAGUUCACGGACCAAUACUAGAGAAAGCAAAAGUUCUACUUUUGGUAAUGCACAGUUUACUCAGGAAGCAGACCAAGUUUCUUCUUCUGCCGAUGAAACAGAAGAUGACAGAUCUGAAGCAGAGAAUGUUGCACAAAACUUCCCUCCAUCAAAUGUGCCCACUCAGCAGUUCCAAGGAAUUGAUAAUUUAGCUUUUGAAGAUGCAACAGAAAAUGAUACUGUAAGUCAGGAGUUUUCUAAAACUAAAAAUUUCAAACGAUCUGUUUUACUUUCAGUAGAUGAAUGUGAAGAAUUGGGAUCUGAUGAUAAAGUGGAAACUCAUACUUCACGUCAGCACUCAAUAGAUUCUCUUACUCCAGAAGUAUUUGACAGUGUUUCUCAAGAGCAGCACGGAAAGACCUUUUAUUCAAGAUACUCAGUGGAAACUGAAGAAGGAUUCCUGGAUGGCAAACAGCGUAAGGAUAGAGACAAUAAGUCAGAUAAAAGUGGAAGUUCUCUCUUACAUCUUCACGGUACUGAAAUCCCAGGGAAGGAGGAUGAGGGUGCUUCAAUGACUGAACAAAAUUGCCCAGAAAAAAUCUAUUCAGCAGCUAGUCCAUGUCCAGGAGAAAAACAGGAAGUAAAUAUGAAGAAUGAGGUUGCUAUUGAAUUUCAGCAGUGCAAUAAGUACUUAGACAAUGAUGCAAAAUCUCAAGAAAGACCAUGUCAUCUGGAUCUUCAGCAGAGAGAAACUAAUUCUGAUGCGCAAAAGAACAGCUCUGCAAAACCUGUAGAAGCCAGUAAGAAUCAGAUACUGACUCAGGAAGGUCAAGUGAGAGACAGUCAACCAGCAACUACUGAAUGCGCUAAUACUGAUUUACUUCCAGGAGACAUAGAUGAUUAUGACACAAUGGCACAAACCUGCAUGUAUGAACAUCGGCCUCCAAAAACCCUUUCUCCAAUAUAUGAGAUGGAUGUUGGAGAAGCAAUUGAGCAGAGGAUGGAUUCAGAAACAGCAGUUCUAGAUGUGGAUUUUGAAGAUCAGCAGUUUGCAGAACAGGACUGGACUCUUCUCAGGCAAUUGUUAUCUGAGCAGGACUCAAAUAUAGAUUUCAAAAACUCUGUUCCUGAAGACCUUAACUUAGCACAAUGUCUUAUCAAUCAGACACUGUUUCUGGCACGAGAUGGUUCAAAUCCUCAGGGUACAUCACAAGUUGACACAUUCAGUAGGUGGACUGAGCUCAUGUCUCCACUGGACGAUUCUUCAGCAAGCAUUACAGUGGCAAGUUUUUCAUCUGAAGACUGUUCAUCCCCUCAAGGGGAAUGGACAAUUCUUGAACUGGAAACCCAUCAUUAAGGUGACCAACUGUUUGCAACUGAACUCCAGCCCAUUCCCCAAAUCUAUUUUUGAUGCGUUGUUUCCAUACAAUAAUGCUACUGCAUCAGUCAAGAACGAGCAAUUCUUGAUACUGAGGCAAUCUUUCUUAUAUAAUGAGGUAAAUAUGUUAAUUUAUAAUCUAGAUUUAAUCACAGGUACGGUAAUUUUUCAAGACUUAAAUGUAUGUCUUUUCUAAAAAUGAACUUUGAGCAUGUAUUUUCUAGAAUUGUUAGAAAAAUUAGAUGACAUGAAAGAAAAAUCUUGGUUUCCACCUUCCCUUUUAUCUUCUUUUUUGACAUUUAAUGUUCUCAUUCAGCAAAAAUUUAAAGAUGAAUGCACAAUUAGUAGAGCUAUUCCCCUCCUUUUUUUCCCCCCUCUCUCUAUGGUCACUUCAUUUUACAACAAUAAAGAUUCAGAAUGGUUGUGUCAAAAGGUGAUGUGUGCCAACACUACUUUAAAUGAUGGAAACACAGUCUUAUGUUCAAAGAAAAUGUUUCAAUCUGAAUCUGCCUUGGGCCUUAUUAAUAUGAGCAGCUUGUUUCAUCUAUUUCUUCCAUAUUAAAUUUUUGUAUUUUGUUUUGUUUUGUUUAGAAGUUUACAAUAAAUUUUUUAAAUUGUGUUUCCUUUAAGUAUAAGACUUCAGAGGGUCUGUGCUAUAGGAAGAGCACUGUUCCUUUCUUGGAAAUGCAUGUUUAAGUAAAUAUUUUAAAUGGCAUAGUGCAUGAAUUCAAAGGAGUUGGUAGAAUGCUGCUCCUGUUCUAAGAAACAGCAUGUCUGAUGUUUCCACGAAUAUAUCUGAUGCUGAAGUCGUGGUCAAUGUUACAUCAGAAGUCUGACUGACUAGAAUUAUCUUCUGGCUUCAAUUCAUAACACUUGCACCCUUCUGAUGCUAGGGCAUAGAAAGAUUCUCAGGAAUUCGGUUUUGUUUGUUUUUACAGAUGCUACAUUUUUGGAGCAGUAAUAGGAUUCUUGCAUCUUCAUUAAUAUAUCUAGUGUAGCUUUUAUGUAUUGAAACUAAAUGUCAACAUAACCUUUCUUCUGACUCAGAGUGAAAUAGAAUACAUAGCUCAUUCUGCUGCUUUUGGCUAUUUGAGUGUGGAUAGGACUAAUUAUUAUCGUUUGUGAUUUGACAAGGAGGAAGGAGUGAGAAACUCUUUGUAAUUGUUACCAACUCAGAACUCCUGAAGCAUACAAGUUUUUCUCCCUGCAAAGGCUGGGCUCUCUAAAAUACCUGCAUUAUGGAAACAGUAGGGCUUGUCUUACACACAGCCUGAAGUCUAAACAGGAAAUAUUCUACCUCCUCUCAGUCAUUAACAGAAGUGCCUUCUGAAAUAGGUGCCAUAUGGCAGUAAAUGGCUACUAACAUUCUUCUUUUGUGGAAACUAUUUAAGAUAAGUACACAACUUAAGCUGGUUGUAACCACCGGUGACAUGGUCAGUUUUGCAAGCUUUUGCACAAUUCCAACAGUGCACCUUAAUUUUUUUGACAAACUUUGUUCAUAGUCAAACUCUCAGUUCUGUGGAAAUAUGAAGUUGCCCUAGCGUAUGAAUGAAGUUAUGACCUGUCUGACCUUUGGAUUUGACAUAAUAAAGAGCUUUGGGGCAAAAUAGUUUAUCUAGAAAGCCACUUUGUUGAACUUCUGGUACAAAAGUAAAAGUAAUGUUUUAUUCUCCUCAGAACAGAGGAAGAAUUUUAUCUCAUUCCUUAAUGUCAAGGUAGGGGGAAAAAAAGGAAAGCCUUCCUUUCUCUAUGUCAAUGGAGGACUCUAACUCAGGGAAGGAAGAUGUUCAGUCUCAAUAAAAAUCUUUCUAACCAACUCUUUUAGCAGCAGUAUCAGUAGUUUGAAAUAUUAUAAUUCAAAAUAUUAUAAAUGUAGUACACUGUAUUUAACCCAGUUUUCAUAUUGAGGAAUUUAGGAGAACCUUUAGAAGUGCAAAUCAUCAAGAAAACCUGGUUUUCACCUUCAAAGUUUACAAGGUUUAUCAGUAGGGGAUAGUCUUUUGAAUAAAAGAAAGAACUAUAGUAUUAGCCAAAGUAAAAGAUGAAACCUGAGAGAAGCUCUUACAGCAGGCUGAAGAAUAGUGUUUGCAAUCUCUCUGUAAAACACUAAAGUAAAACUUGUUUACCAAAAAGCUUGAUCAACUUUCAAAUCCUGAUAAUAUUCUGAUAGUGGGCAUUCACACGUUAAACAAGAUGAAGUGAUGGAAAGGAGAGGUGACAGAAAGUGAAAGAAGGGUUCCUUUGGUCUAUUUUUUGCUUUGCCCAUAUUUUUAACUCUUACUGAAUUGAUAGAGCAGCACUGAAGCGACACACAAAGUUUCAUGUUUGUUUUAUGAAUUACAACACAUACAGAGGUUUCUUUAUUUUUUCUUUGCAUUUACUUUUCCGAUUGGAUCAAAAUGAAAUUAGCUUCUGUCUUCAAGUCCACAAUGAUGUUGCUGCAAUUCCUUUAAUAAUUUUGCAGCAGAGCGCUGAUUAGGAUAUGGUAUUGUUCAGUUGUUACAUAUGCAGCCGCAGAAUUCAGCUUCCCACAGCCAAAGAGUGUCUGUAGAAGUAGCAGGAAUAGAAAGUGGUAUUGUUUUUAAUUUGCGUUACCAGAGUGUCUGUGAAGCUUAAUCAGACCAACAUCCCACUGGCUAGACAUUGUACAAACCCAGAACGGAAACAAAGACUUCCCACAGAGUGCUUAUAAUCCAAGUUAAGACAAAAGACCAAAAAAAAUGCACAUGGAUGGAAAAGUAAAAUGAGCGUGUCAAUAUUUAUCUAGCUGAUUAGCAAUGGUCUCAGCACAUCAUCAGUUUAAACAGUCAUUUUUUUCUCCUGUAUGCAUUAUGAGAAGGGGAAGUUGGAGGGUGAGAUUUGGAGGCUGGAUAAUGAGGGAGCUGGAAGAAUCUAUAUUCCUGACCAGCCUUGUGUGCUAGCAAAACUCUCUUCCUGCUUGACCCUGACCUCAUUCAGGGUCAAGCUUUUGGCCAGGUGUAAGUGGCUCUGUAUUUAAUAGUAUCAGUCACCUGAGUUCUUCAGUCCUGCUCGUGCUUCCUGACAGUGAUUUUGUGACUGUAUUGGCCUAGUUUCCAAAGCAUCAGAGAAUGGAUAAAGGUUUGUUUGAAAACUUCAUAGAGAAACAACCAAAGCUAGUGUCAUAGGCUUCAAAUGAAUAGUGAUUAAGAGGUCCUGGAGGACCUCUAAAGUAGAGACAAGGUAGGUACAUCUGAUGAAACAGUGAAAGGGUGUCAGUGAAGAAACUAAACAGAUGGCAUAGUGAAAAUAUUGUUUAAGGAUUUACCUUUGCAGUAGUAUUUUGGAUAAGAGCAAUAAAAUUGCUUUGUCAAAGCCUGAGCAGACAAUGUUGCAGUUAACGGGUGAUACUGACAGCUUACCUGAGAUUGUUACGGGAAUGGGAAGGGUGUCUGUAUCCUGCAGGUAGUAACACCAAAUUUAGUAAACUCAGUGAAAUUUAGAGGAGAGAACUCAGAAAUCAGAGUUUAAGAUAAUGACCCUGAUUUUGCUUAUCUUGAAUGAUGUUGUGAAAGUGAAAAAUAAGGAUAUUUUACAUAUGUGAAGGUAUUAAGUUUAAAAAAGACUACAUCUCCAAAAAGUGGUCCUGUAGUCAUAAUAACUUUUUUUUUUUACUUGGAAAAUUAGAGUCUAGUCUGGACUGGAGAAGCAGCUCUGCAGGGUUUUUACAUACAGAUACUAGCUAAAAUUGUAUUUGUGGAAUAAAUCACCAAAAGAAGUAUUGCAGAGGGAAAAUGGAAGCAAAUGGAGGCCCAAACAGUUGGAAACCUACAAGAAACUAAGGAAAGUGGCGGUUCUUCCAAAUAAUCUGCUCAAAAA